CGCUCCCGGAGCCAACGAUGAAUCCGCCGUCCAGGUUCUGGCCAUUCGGAGAGCUCCACGGCUGUGAUGGCGAGGGCUGCGCCUCCGGCCUGGACACCUGGCCGCUCCACCACGUAUACCGCCGCGGCGCCCGCUGCCGCCUCUGCAGCUCCUGCAUCCUCCUGUCCAACCGCUCGCUCUACUGCUGCUGCUGCUUCCUCCUCCUCGCCUGCCCCUCCCCAUCGUCCAACUACGACGACGGCGACCCGCUCAGGGCCCCGCCAGCCCCGACCGCCACCUGCCAGGUCUGCCACGCUGCCGUCGCGCACCUCGCCUGCCUAUACCCCGCCCACGACGCCUUCGUCUGCCCCGCCUGCAGCGCGACCGCGGAGGGGACGCCCUUCACCUACGCCCCGCCCUGCAGGGUGCCGCUCGACGGGCGCGCCGCGAGGGUGCUCGUCCUGGGGGCGCGGAUGGCGCUGGCGCAACUGCGGCAGGACGCCGCCGCAGCGCGCGCGGAGGCGGAGAGGCGAGCCCGGGAGGCCACCGCCGCACGUAGGAGGGCGUACCGCGCGCUCAGCGUGGCCCUCGACUUGGACACGGAGGAACCGUCCUGGAACAUCAACGUCCAGCCGGUGGCGCCGCCACCCCCCAAGAAUCACCUGGCGCCGGAAGAAAGCAGAGAGGCGAACGUGGACGCCCCGCCGGUGCAGCGCUACGCGAGGCUGCCGAUGGCCGCCCUAACCAUAGGCACGGGGGCCGUCACGGAACUGGCAAUGGCUGCCACCGAGGCCGCCAAGGACAGUCCCACGCCGCCAAGGACUCUGAAGCUGUUCGGUGUCAUGGACGUGGCAACGGCUGCUGCUGCUGCCGAGGCCGCCAGGGCUAGCCCCACACCACCGCGGAUGCUGCAGCUGUUCCCCGCCGAGGCCAGCACCAGCCACGCGACGUCUCGGACGCUGCAGCUGUUCAUGGACAAGACCCCGGAUGAUGAUGAUGAUGAUGAGAUGUAG